AUGAAGUCCCUAUUCAGCAGCAUAAGGUUUCUGCGCCAAUUACAGAAUAAAGCCCCGAGUAUUCGGGGCGUAUCAACCUUUUCGCAACGUCAAGGACACCGGAGAGGACCAGCAGCUUUUCUGUUAAUUGGACUGUUACUUGGGGGCGUUGCAACAACUUCAGGACCUAAAUUUACAUUGACAUCCAACUCAAAUAUCGACACACAACCAAGAUGGAGCGGAACCACUCGAGAACCCUUGCUACGAUCCAAGUAUGCUGAUGAGAAGACUACGCUAAAAGCUGUUGGCGAAAUCCAACGUGAAUUGGGCUCAGAAGCUGUGAGCAUUGAUCCAGACGACAUAGAAGUCCACAGCUACUCUGAGUGGUCAUCGAGCAACACAGACACAAAGCCAGUUGCCGUUGUGCGGCCCAAGUCUACAGAGAAAGUAUCGAUAAUUGCAAAGAUAUGCUCCAAGUAUAAAGUUCCAAUGACUCCAUAUGGAGCCGGAUCUAGCAUGGAAGGAAAUUUCAGCUCCCCCUUUUCAGGUAUAUGCAUCGACUUGUCGGAAAUGAAUAAGAUUGUUGAAUUUCAUCCCGACGAUAUGGACGUUGUGGUACAGGCUGGCGUCAACUGGAUGAAACUGAAUGCGGAAAUAAAAGACAGCGGCCUCUUCUUGCCUCCCGACCCGGGUCCAAUGGCUCACAUCGGCGGCAUGAUAGCUACCAAUUGCAGUGGAACCAACGCCAUGAGAUAUGGCGCGAUGAAAGACUAUGUCGUCAACCUCACGGUUGUUCUGGCCGAUGGGACAGUCAUCAAAACGCGGCAAAGACCAAGGAAGACUUCGGCCGGAUAUAAUCUCAAUUCUUUGUUCACUGGGUCGGAAGGCACUCUUGGCAUUGUCACUGAGGCCACCCUCAAAUUGGCGAUACAACCAAGGAGCUUUAGCGUAGCAACGGUAGCUUUCAAAUCGAUCCAUGCCGCUGCAGCCGCUGCAUCUUCGCUGGUUCGCGCGGGCCUCCCCCUUGCUGCGUUGGAACUGAUGGACGAAGUGGGAAUGGAAAUGAUAAAUAGGGGCGGAGGAACCGAAGGCAAGAUGUGGGAAGAACUUCCGACUUUGUUCAUAAAGUUCUCAGGUACCGAGAGUUCAGUCAAGGAGAGCAUUCAAGAGGCCCGAGCCAUAUGUCGGCGGCAUAAUCCCAGCAACUUUGAAGGCGUGAAUACCAAGAAAGAGAUGGAUUCUCUAUGGUCAGCUAGAAGAGAAGCUGCCUUGGUGGCAAAUGCAAUGAAACCAGAGGGCACCGUCAUGUUUGCCACAGACGUUGCUGUGCCUAUAUCCCGCAUGGCCGAUCUCAUCGAGGGAUCUAAAGACAAAGCAAAUCGCCAUGGUUUCGUGAAUUCCGUUAUAGGGCAUGUGGGAGAUGGAAACUUUCAUCAGGCAAUAUUUCAUAAUCCCAGCGUGGCUAGUGAUGUAGAGAAAAUAAAGGAUUGUGUCGAUUCGAUGGUAUAUAAGGCAAUUGAGAUGGAGGGAACUGUAACGGGUGAGCACGGUAUUGGCAUUGGGAAAAAGAACGGCCUUAUCAAAGAGCUGGGUUUGCCGACAGUUGGCGUCAUGAAGGCCGUGAAGGAUGCACUUGAUCCGCAUUGGCUAUUGAAUCCGGGAAAAGUAUUUGAUGAGUGA